AUGGAUUCUAUAGCGUUUAGUAUCAAAUCAGAUGAUCACAAUACGCAACAAUUCGUGUUAGAUCCACCGAUGAUAGAUUUGCUGGAUUCGCCGACGAUGGAUUCUCCGAACGGGUCGACGCCAACAUCGACGAUGCAGUACCCUCUCGUCUUGGAUGCUUUCUUUCCCGCUCACUUGACAGCAAUUCAGAAUGGAAUGGCACUACUGAUGGUCCCGGUUCGGCUGCAGCUGUGCUACGUACUCUUUCGAGAAGCAAGUCUAUUGCAAGGUUAUGUGUUUUCCGAUUUUCUCAAAGCGAAAAGUUUGGUGAAUGCUGUCGAUGGAUUUCUGCAAUUCGUUUUCGUCUCGCUCUGGAUGGUAUAUUUCUUUGGCCUCUUCAUCCCAUUCGUCGUGCUUCCUAGUUUCUUGUACGGAAUUUCCUUUUUGCCGCUUUGCCAACUCCUGGGAAUCGUGUCAACCUCCAACUUGGAAAUUCUGGAGUUCGCUGGACAAACUUGUUUUGAACAACUGUUUGUUAACUGGAUGCCAUUCAUCGAAACCGCAAUCAACUCGGUUCUUUGCAGUAUCAUCGUUGUGCAAUAUAUCCGAUUCAAGUCCACGGAUCCGGAUGAUUACUUUGAACCUCUUACCAAGGCGGCGCAAGUUUGGUGGUCAGUGAGAUGUCUGUGGAUUUUCUUGAUUCAUAUAAUUAAUGCCAUAUUGUUCUUCGUUAUCCGGUACUUUAAGAACCAAUGGAUCAUUUAUGCCAUCAGCUACCACAUCACCGUCAUCUCUCCAAUGCUAGACUUGCUAGUUUAUGACCUCCUUCUGUAUCUAGGACAGACUAUGAAGGAAGAUAUUUGGGUUGUGAAGAAAAUUAUUGCCGAUCUCAUAGAAGCAGCAGAAACACUGAAGGAAAAAGCGAUGUCAAAGCAUCGAGCAUCAGUCACUCCAAUUGUUGAGAUUGAAAUGGAAAAUCGUGCCCCGGACACUGAAAAUGCUCGAACCACUGAGCCUGUCCCGGCCACAGCAUAA